UUGGAAUGGGCGUUUAGACGCACGCACACUCUUUCAGGAGCCAAAUAUCUCUCUAGAAAGCUCACCCACUUUUUCCCGCCUCACACGAGUAAAAAAACCCUCCAAGCCCAUCAUUUCUGCUUGAUAUUUCUUAUCAGUCGAACUUAUUUGCGUGAUCUUGCCUAUAAAUUGGACCCCUGUUUCAGCAAUGGCGGUUAUUCUACUCAGGCACGAAAUCAAUCUCGUCCUCUUCCUUUUCAAUUGAUUCUCAUCUUUACCUGAGAAUCCACCUUUCCUUUCAAUGGUUCGAUUCCUACUGUCCAUGCAAUCCUUCCGUAUCCAGGUAAUGGGCUUAGUAGAUGGUCCUGAACAUGGCACUAACAGCAUCAAGUGUUUUGACACGUAACAUGGUUUUCAAUGAUAAACACUUGGCUAGUGCCAUAUAUUAUGAAGUCCAAAGAGGUUAUCGAAAUGCUAUUGGCGGAAGUAUGAGGUUUAGUAAAUUCCUUUUCUCGAAGCUUUUGAAGAUAUGUACUCGUUCAAAUCACAAGUCUGCUAAAAAACUUUUGGGGGAAGCUGACAAGUAUGGCACGUCAAGCAUGUUUGAUCGGACGGACUUGCUCAAUAAGGUAUCUGUUUUUAUGGGUUAUAAUAGUGUCCGUGAUCUAAUGGAGCAUGAAAGAGCUCGGAGAGAAUCUGCUGCAGACUUGAAUUUGAUGAAAGACUUUGACAUGUCAGUGGCUUGUAAAAACUUCCCGUCGAUUAAGUUGGGUAGUGCUUCAGUUGUUGAAUUGUAUGAUGAAAUUGCACGUGGCCCUGGGAAGGUGGACUUAUUACUGCCUGGAACCUGCAAAGAAUACCUUUCAAAUUCUAUGCGAGAAGAUUGGAUGGCACCAACUGAGCUGAUUGACACAUGGCAUGGAUUAAAUAGUUCUCUUUCAGCUAGAAGUACGUCUGUGUUGAUUGAUGAAGAAACACUUUUGCCAUCUGUAGAAACCUCUCAUUCUCUACGUACAGAGCCUGAAGAAAAGUUUGAUGACAGGAACAAGACACAACUGUCUUCACAGAACAUGACAGAUAUGCCCGAAUGCAAUGCAAAUGUUGCAACUGAGGACUUCCAUCCAGGUGCUGAGUACCAUCUAGAAGAAACUAUGGCACCUUCUAUUGAGUGCCUUCUUGAUAAACCCAUUACUUCUAUGCCCAGUUUAAGCAAAGGGCUUUGUCGUAAGCUAGAAAAGAAUGGUUUCCACACGAUGAGGAAACUGCUCCACCAUUUUCCUCGGGUGUAUGCUGAUUUAUAUAAUGCUCGUGGUGUAAUUCAGGAUGGGCAGUACUUGAAUUUUGUUGGGAAAGUUUUACUCUCUAGAGGAGUAAGGGCUGGUGCUUCUCUUUCAAUUAUCGAGGUUCUUGUGGGCUGUGAAGUUUGUAAUCAUGAAGAAGCUUCUGAGAUUAAAGUAGAUGAUCAUGAUACGUUAAACAAAAGAAUGGUUUAUUUGCAUUUGAAGAAGUUCUUUCGUGGUGUUCGUUUUACAAGCCAGCCCUUUCUUAGAGGCAUUCAAUCAAAGCAUAAGGAAGGGGAUAUUGUCUCUGUUAGUGGUAAGGUCAAAGCAAUGAAGGCAGAAGAUCAUUUUGAAUUGAAGGAAUUUCAUAUUGAUGUGCUUCAAGAAAAUGCAAUGGAUAAAAUGAAUGGACUAGAAGAAGAAAUAAGGCCUUAUCCCAUAUACCCCUCCAAAGGUGGCUUGAACUCCAAUUUUCUUAGAGAUAUUAUAUUGAGGGCUUUGCAAGCCUUGCCAACAGAUAUGGAUCCCAUCCCAAGUAAUAUAUGUGCAGACUUUGAUUUGUUUAAUCUUCACGAUGCCUAUAUGGGAAUCCACUGUCCAAAAGAUCUGAAAGAAGCUGACUUGGCACGAAAACGACUUGUAUUUGAUGAAUUUUUUUAUCUUCAGUUGGGGAGAAUGUUUCAAAUGCUUGAAAAACUUGGGACAUGGGCGGAAAAAUCUAGUUUAUUGGAAAGAUACAAAAAAAAUGGAUCCUGUUUGCUCAACUCUGAAGAAUGGUCUGAUUUGACAAGGAAAAUAUACAAGGCUCUUCCAUAUGCACUUACUCCAAGUCAAUUGAAUGCAGUUUCAGAAAUUAUAUGGGAUUUAAGGAGGUCUGUACCCAUGAGCCGUCUUUUACAGGGAGAUGUUGGAUGCGGCAAAACUGUUGUUGCUUUCUUAGCCUGUAUGGAAGUCAUUGACAAAGGCUAUCAGGCAGCUUUCAUGGUCCCUACAGAAUUACUUGCUCUCCAGCAUUACGAGCAUAUUCUUUCUUUGCUACAAAAUAUUGAUGAACAAAGCAGACCAUCUGUUGCUCUUCUUACACGUUCUGUCCCUUCGAAACAAUCUCGGAUAAUUCGCAAGGGUCUUCAAACUGGAGAUAUAGCAUUAGUCAUUGGCACUCACAGCCUUAUAAGUGAAAGUGUUGAAUUUUUGGCUCUAAGACUUGCUGUGAUAGAUGAGCAGCAUCGGUUUGGUGUAAUCCAGCGUGGAAAGUUUAAUAGUAAGUUAUAUUACUCUUCUGAAGGCCUAAAAACAAGUGUUGUUAUAAAAGGCCAUGGAGAGUCAUCUGAAGAUGAAGUUUACAUGGCACCCCAUGUUCUUGCCAUGUCAGCCACUCCUAUUCCGAGGACACUUGCCUUAGUUCUAUAUGGAGAUAUGUCCCUAAGUCAAAUAACUCAUUUACCACCUGGAAGAGUGCCUGUUGAAACACACGUACUUGAAGGAAAUUUAACUGGAUUUGAACGCAUGUAUGAGAUGAUAAAGAAUGAGUUGCAGGAGGGAGGGAAAAUAUAUCUCGUGUAUCCAAUCAUAGAAGAAUCCGAGCAACUGCCUCAGCUUCGUGCUGCCACAGCUGAGUUAGAGCUAAUAUCGGGUAAAUUUGAGGGCUACCAAUGUGGGCUUCUACAUGGGCGCUUGAAGAGCACGGAGAAAGAGGAAGCACUGAGGAGGUUUAAAUCAGGAGAAACACGGAUAUUGUUGGCAACUCAAGUGAUUGAGAUAGGUGUUGAUGUUCCUGAUGCUUCAAUGAUGGUUGUUAUGAAUGCUGAGAGGUUUGGAAUAGCUCAGUUACACCAGUUGAGAGGAAGAGUUGGAAGAGGACAGAGAAAGUCAAAAUGCAUUUUCAUGUCAUGUUUGGUAGGAACUAUGGGUCGGCUGAACAUUUUGAAGGAGUCAUGUGAUGGGUAUUACCUGGCCAAUAUGGACCUUGUUCUUCGUGGACCUGGCAACUUGCUUGGAAAGAAACAAUCGGGGCAUCUUCCGGAGUUCCCAAUUUCCAUGUUGGAGGUCGAUGGAAAUAUCAUAGAGAAGGCUCGUCUUGUCGCCUUGAAAAUUUUGGACACCCAUAAUGGCCUUGAUGGUUUUCCCCUGCUCAAAGCGGAGCUCAGCAUGCGGCAACCUCUUUGUUUACUUGGCGACUGAUUUCAAAGAUUUUCUUCUCUUCUUAGGUAAGCAAAAGAAAAAUUUCCGUAGUUGUUCAUAUGCCUAUCUGUAAAUUUCAGCAUAUUAACUCCUUUAUCAUUGUUAUCCGAAAACAGAAAAAUUUCAAAGAAAACAGAAUUUUUUAUCAACUUGUGAGAUGAUCUAUCAAAUGGACUAUAUGCUAAGUUACUUGGGACUGGGGAGGAACUGUUUCAUGUGUAAAGAUGGGAGACAUUUACGUUCUUCUAGGUGCCCAAGUGGUUUUUAUAUGCCUUGAAAUGAAUAUUGUAUUCUGAUC